CCGUCCCGCGCAGAGCCGGGUCCCACCUCUUCCCGUUCCGGGGCGGGCUCCCUCCGGGUCCUAUCGCCCGUCUGGUUCGCGUGGGUCCCUGACGGAGGGGUGGGGGCGGGGCCUGGGAAAGCGGGGGCGGGACCAUCCCAACCUCCUCAGCCAAUGACGCCUUCCCCGCGCUCCGCACCAAUAGCAGGCGGCGUUGUGGUUGCCCCGCGGAAGUUAAGCGAGGCGGGCGGGUUACUAUAACGGAGAAGAGGGGUAAGAACAGCUGUGUCAUGUGCGCAGCCCCCAGCCGAGCGGGGAGCGGCAGGUCGAGCGGGGAGCGCUACGUGCGGGUUUUUGAAGCAUGUGAUGAAGAUAAAAAAGGAUAUUUAAGCAGAGAGGACUUUAAGGUCGCUGUAGUGAUGCUAUUUGGUUACAAACCCUCAAAGGUGGAGGUGGAUUCAGUAAUGGCCUCAGUGCAACAAAAAAAUUCAGGUAUAUUACUUGAAGAAUUUUUAAAACUUAUGAGUACAAAGAAGGCUGCACAACUACACCAUAGUGAAAUAAGGCAGAUAUUCACAGCUUUUGACAUGCAAUAUAGAGGAUUUUUGACUUUAGAAGAUUUCAAAAGAGCCUUCAAUUCCAUUGCUCCAAAAUUACCUGAAAGGAUCAUAGUUGAAGCUUUCAGAUUUGUACAGCCAUGGGUGAAGACACUAGCAGGUGCUAACAUCCCCUUGUCAAAGACUGACCACCCACUUGUGAGAGAAUUUCUUGACAGCAGGGUCCGGAAUGGUGGUACAAAUCUUUCUAGGACACAACUGACUGAGACAUACUUACCUGAAGUGUACCGCAAAGAAAAGGAAAACUAAAAACUGAAGCUUAAAGACAAAAAAUUGCUGUUAUCUUUGAAUGUUAUGAUGAUGAGGCAAGAUCAAUUCUGAAUGUACCAUUUGCACCAUUACAACCUGAUUUCAGUGGGCAUAUUAACUUUUUUUUUU